GGCGCCAUUACCUGUUUUCAGAGUACAGGGGACUCCUUUCUGCAACAUAUUUCCCUAUCUAGUCUUCUCCGCCUGCGGUUAGAGCUACAGAGCUGACAACUAUCAGCAGUGUGUUAGUUUAGUACAGUUAGAGAUGGCUGGUAAUAUUGUUGCUGUCUGAACUCUGCGUUGUUCGUAGUUGCAAAGUGUUUCCGCCGCAGUUAGAUCGGCUCCAGCUGCUCGGUAAGGGACAGCUUGCAAGCUAACAUUAGCCGAUAGCCUGUGGUAGAUUUACGGGCUUAUAUCCGCUGCUGUCCUGCCAGGUUCGGCCUGUUUUUUGUUGUUGUUGUUUCUGAACAUCUACAGAAAGGAGAGGAAAAGAAAAGCAGAAGUUGUUGGGGGCAGGCUGCUUUGUUAGCCAGGCUAACGUAGACGCUUUGGUGUAAACAAAAGCGUCAGCUGCUGACUCCGGAUUAUCGUGAAAGCUUCACAAACCAGUAUGGCGCAACACGACCCCUCUCAUGUAGCCAGCUCACAAAAAGCACUGAUGUUGGAAAUGAAGAGCCUUCAGGAGGAGCCUGUUGAGGGAUUCAAGAUAACUCUGGUGGACGAGGCUGAUCUGUACAACUGGGAAGUGGCCAUCUUUGGACCACCGAACACUCACUAUGAAGGAGGAUAUUUUAAGGCUCGGAUCAAGUUUCCUACAGACUACCCAUACUCUCCACCUGCUUUCCGCUUCCUCACUAAAAUGUGGCAUCCCAACAUUUAUGAGAAUGGGGAUGUGUGCAUUUCCAUCCUGCACCCGCCAGUGGACGACCCGCAGAGUGGAGAGCUGCCUUCAGAAAGAUGGAAUCCUACCCAGAAUGUCCGAACCAUUUUACUAAGCGUGAUCUCGCUGCUGAACGAGCCCAACACCUUUUCCCCUGCCAACGUGGACGCCUCUGUCAUGUACCGCAAAUGGAGGGACAGCAAAGGCAAGGACCGGGAGUAUGUAGAGAUCAUCAGGAAACAAGUGAUGGCCACCAAAGCGGAAGCUGAGCGCGAUGGAGUCAAGGUGCCCACUACUCUGGCCGAGUACUGCGUCCGCACACGCGCUCCAGCACCCGACGAGGGCUCCGACCUCUUCUACGACUAUUACUAUGACGACGACGACGUGGAGGGAGAGGACGGCGACUGCUGCUACGACGAGGACGACUCGGGCAACGAGGAGUCGUGACGUGCUUUUGCAGCAAAAGCGCCUGAUCUAUCUGACGAAUGCUCCUCCUUUCUCUCUGCCCAGGUUGCCAGAUACUCAAGGUUUACAACCAAGAUUGGAAGCUUCCUUCUUCUAAAUCAAUAAGAGCUUUUUUUCCUUAAGCCUUAGAGGUUAAAAGUUGAUGCCUCGCCCUGAGAGGGUCAGACUUGAUAAAGUUUUUGCACCAGCAAAAAAAAAGAAAAAAAAAGUCACUAGUUCUUUUAUGUUUCCGGUCGUCAUCAUCACCUAAACCUUACUUUUGAGAGAAUUUCCUAAACGCUCACAUUUUCCAGUGUUGCUAGAUCACGCGUUUAGCAUAAAGUGUUGUUAUUGGGUAAGUACCACUGCUAACAAUGACAUGUUCACUGGUGUAACCUCUCCAAAACAUUACUCAGCCUCUUUCUCCCAUUCUCACGUUUGUAUUUCUCUAAUUGUAAGUGGCUGCUGCUCUCGGAUGGAAACUGAAGAAUUCCCGCGGCACUGUUUGUGCUGGACAAAGCUCUGCAAAUGUCAAACGUUUCUUAAGUUUCACACCCUCUGUGUCUCUCUCUCUCUCUUUGAUAGGAAAAGACACAAAUGAAUUGUUACGUGACAGUGUUUUCAAAGUUCUUUGUGCAUGCCAGAGCGUCAUCUCUCUCUUACUUACUGGUGGACUGCUUCCUCCCUCCUUCACGGCCUGGGAUGACGCAAAGACUUUGACAUGAUGAUGGAGAAGUCGGCUCCUCACACGAACAUUUUUAUCAACAUGAGACUGAUGUUUGCUGGCUCUCUUCUGGUUAUGUGUGUCUUUGGGGGUUGUCUUGUUCGGAGUAGUGAGCGGUUUUUUUUGUUGUUGUUUUUUUUAGGGAAACGGGGACAGAAGGAACUGUUCAUCAGAAUUGUAUUUCUCCUUAGGCUCGGUCUCGGCGACGCCUGACGGACCCAAAGACCUAAAGCAUUGUGUUGAAGAAAUCCUUCAGCGUUUUGACUAGUGUUUGGCGUGCUUUUUGUCUUUGUUUGCUUUUUCCUCUCUUGCAAGCUUCAUCAUUAUAGUUGGCUUUUUUUUUUUUCUUUUUUUUUUUUUAGAGAUUUUGCCUGCACUGUUUACUCAAAAGGUUGACCAGAGACCUGUAGAUAGUGCUUGUAAGAGGGUGGAGUACUAGGAUUACUGACGUUUUCACCCCUUCAAGUGGAAGUGUAAAGAAUCAGAUUGCUAUUUUAUUUCUCAUGACUAUUCCUUGUGUUAGUUAAAAGUGGACAGAUUUUGAUAAUAUUUUUAGAGUGUAUGGGUGUCCUGCGUGUACUUUUUUUCCUGCCAGCAAUAUAAAUUUUUCUUUCUGUUAAAUUGGGACAUCAUAAUGAAUUUCUCAGGAGAAAAUUACAUGCGGCAAAACAAUUAAGACGAGUAACUAGUUUCCUUCGGUGGUCUUCGGUAUUGGUUUACAGCUUCUGCAGGAACCAUAAUCAAUAUGCACACGUAGCUGUACAAACGAUCACCAUGUUUUAUUUACCCGUGUCUGUUUUUUAUUUCAGCUAUUUAAAAUUGAGAAAUAAAGAUUUAUUUGAAAGAA